AUGGAUACAACAGUGAAUGCUGCUUCUUUAAACACAGAGGAGAUGUAUGAGGAAGUUGACAACGAAGCUAGGAGCAGUAACACCAACACCAACAACAACCACAACCACAACAAUGAUGAUGACGACGAUGAAGAGUCCUCCAUUGACUCUACUCCCACUCAAUUACCACCCGCUGUCAAACAAUCAUGGAGGGAAAUAUUCAUGUUGUCCUUUUCUUCAUUAGGUGCAAUUUACGGAGACUUGGGUACAUCUCCUUUGUACACUAUGAACUCAAUCAAAUAUUCUCAAUCACCACCAAAUAAAGAUGACGUAUACGGAGCGGUAUCCAUAAUAUUCUAUGUGUUUACCAUUAUCGUUAUAUUCAAGUAUGUUUGCAUUGUAUUGGUGUUUGGUCCAAAUAAUGGAGAAGGUGGUCAAGUUGCUAUAUACGCCAAAAUCGCUCGGUUUUUAAAGAUUGGACCCAAGGGAGUAAUCAUUCCCGGUAAAAAAGUUGAAACUGGUGAAUUGGAUGAUGUGGAUUUGAAAAUACUUGCAAGACAAGAUACAUCAAUGUCAACGGAUACAAUCCAUUCGAGAAUUGAACAAAUCAAACAGCAUCCGGUCAUGAUCAAAUUGUUGAAAAAUUUCAUUCUUGGUGCUUGCUUCUUUGGUUGUUCACUAGUCAUGUCUGAUGGCUUACUAACUCCAACAACUUCAGUUCUAAGUGCCAUUGGUGGUAUUCAAAUUGCUGUACCUAGUUUCAACAGUGUACUUGCCGUUUCUGAAGUUAUAUUGAUUGUACUUUUCCUCAUUCAAAGAUUUGGUUCAACAAAGAUUAGUUUUACAUUUGCUCCCAUUGUUUGUAUUUGGAUGUUUGGAUUAAUCAUUUGUGGUAUUUACAACAUUGUUGCUCAUCACCCAGGGAUUUUCGCGGCAUUGUCUCCUUACUACGCCAUUAAAAUAUUACGCAACGGUGGAAUCGAUGUAUUUGGUGGAGCAAUGUUGGCCAUUACUGGUACUGAAGCCAUGUUUGCUGAUAUCGGGCAUUUCGGAAAAUUACCCAUUCAAUUGACAUUGAGUUUCUUUGUUUAUCCAGCAUUGGUCUUGUGUUAUUUGGGACAGGGUGCAUACUUGGUAAAGCAUCCAGAUGCUGUGGUUAAUCCAUUCUUUAUUUCUUUACCCGGUGGCACUGGUUCCCCUGUUUAUUGGAUCAUGUUUGUUUUAUCCACGUUGACCAGUAUUAUUGCAUCACAAGCAUUGAUACUUUCAGUGUUUAGCAUCACAUCACAAUUGAUCAACCUUGACUGUUUCCCCAAAUUACGAGUUGUUCAUGUAUCACAUCAAUAUGCUGGGAAAGUGUAUAUCCCCACUGUCAAUUGGAUGUUGAUGAUUGGUGUUGUUUGUACUGCUGCUGGUUUCCAAAAUAGUAACAAUGUCACUGCUGCUUACGGGUUGGGUAUUUCCCUCGACUUGAUUGUCACCUCUUGUUUGAUCAUCAUUUGCUUGUUUUAUGUUUACAAUACAAAUGUAAUCUGGCCAUUAGCAUUUGCAUUGAUAUUCAUCCCAUUAGAAGCUUGUUUGGUGAUUGCCAAUUUGAAAAAAGUACCUCAUGGAGCAUGGUUCCCCUUGAUGAUGGCUGUAUUGUUCGGUACAUUCCUUGCUACUUGGCGUUGGGCAAGAUCAAAAAGAGUUGAACACGAAUUACGUCAACAGGUAAAAAUUGGCGACUUGUAUCCAUUUUUCCAAACAAAAUCAGUGACAGUUGACCUUGGAUGUGAUCUUGAUUUGGGUACUCGUGGUAGGCAAAGAGUAACCGUUAUCCCACAGCCAGCAAAGAACCAAGUUGAGACCAAGUUUGGCACCCAAGUCUUGCAAAAACACCCUGGAGUUGGAUUCAUGUAUGUUGAUUCAUUGCUCACAAACAGUCCAAACACAUUACCACAACUAUAUGCUAAAAUUGUGCAGAAUUUCGCAUCAAUACCCAACAAUUUGGUAUUUGUUGGUGUUAGAGUGCUUUCCAUACCAUAUGUCGUUGACCAUCAACGAUUCGUUCUAGCACCAAUGAAAUUACCUGGCCAUUUCAAAUGUAUUAUUAGAUAUGGAUUCAUGGAGGAAAUUCAAAUGAGUGAAGAGUUGAUUAAGUCAAUUGUGGGCCUGUUGCCUAUACCGGAGGCAAUCGUUGAUGAAUUGCCAGUGGUUCAUUUCUUUGAAAAUGAUAUAAUUCAGUGUCGUGAGUUCGAACGUGAUGAUAAAUGGAUAAUCAAUGUUGUAAUGAGGUUAAAACACACAGUGAGGAAAUUAGUAGUGAAUUAUUUCUUCAAUCCAUUGUUACAGUUGACUCAUGAGUAUAAUAAUGGAGACGUAAAGAUGGAAAGAAUCUUGAUUGGUGGUAUAGCUAGGAUAUAG